AUGAAAGCGGAAGGGCAAUUAUUUUUUAUGUCUUACUUUUGUUUUAGCUCUCUGCUAACUUUACUUACCGAGUGCCGUACGCCAACUUGUGUGUCUUUUGUUUUUUGUCUCUUCCGUUUGAUAAGGGCUUCUACUCCGUUUCUCUCUCCAAUAGCUCUAGAAGAGGGUUGGAUCGUGAGGUGGACGCACAGGAGGAAGAAGCAGAUGCUCCAACUGUCCACUUCGUACCUUCAACGCCUACAACGGCUUUAUGCCCAUUUUAAGCAGAACCUUCACACGCUAUUAGGGGGUUGCUGCACUGCUGUUGAGCUUCUUGACGAGGAUGACCUGACCAACUGGUUCGUUCAGUUGCGCUACGAGGAUGAGAACAAGAAAGAGUUUAUCAUCUCCCUGCGAGUGCUUUUUUUAGAAGAGCUGCAGCGCAUGCCACUUGUUUUUGUUGUCUCGCCCCGUCUCUUUGCGACGUUUAUCCAUUAUGGAGCCAUUUGCUCUUUUGAACUCAUGUCUCAGCAGUGGACGGUGGAUGUGGAGGGUCUCAGUUUGCUGUUUCACUCCCUUUACACAACACUCAACCCGUUCGGGUGUGACAGCAGAGUAACAGUUGAUGAGUCGCGGCGGUGGUUGGUUGGGAAUGGAGCUCAUGGAGGAAACGACGAUGCCGCAUGGAUGCCACAGCAGUCAGCCGCUUCCGCCUACUCUCUUGAGGAGCAUGACUUAGGAAUCCAACACAUUCGAAACUCCCACCCGCAUCUCUUCAGAAGUAAGGUUACUGGACAAAAGCGAAUUCCCGAGGCAAACCAACUUGCAACAAGGGAGGGGCUAUCAGCAGCAGCCACGGCAGUAACGAACGAUGAGGGGCAGCGCAGUUCUGCAAUCACAAGUGAUGACGGGAUUGAAGGGGAUUCGGGCACGACACGGAGGGAGAAGGUGGUGUGUUCAUGUGGAGAAUUGCAGCAGAUGCGUUUCUCGUCUGAGGUGAUGGACAUUUUCUUGGACGCUCCACGAAGGCGGGCGUUGUUUCAGUCACCGGAGCACCCUACCAAGGACACGGUUGUGGAUGAUGAUAUGUUCGUUUGCAACCUCCCGUCCACCAGUGGCGCACUUCGCGAAAACUUAUCUUUUAACAUUUUGCUUGCGCCGCUGUGCGCGAGGGAAGGGAUGCUUAAUCCACCGCUAGAUAACAAUGCGAAUCCCACAGUCAAUAGCCCCGCUUUUGGGAGUUCAGCUGGGGCGGGAGAAUGCAAGACGGAUGCCGCCGAAACAAUGGAAAAUGAAGUUUUGUCUCGCUUAGCCGAGGAGGGGAGGGACGAGGUGACCCCAGUGAUCUGCACAUGCGCUGCAAGUGAAGGAGAAGCUGGAGAAGAAAGCAACUCCGUUGGCGAAGGGGGGAGUGGGGGGACUGGGAUCAACUGUGCCUUCUGCGACAAGAACAAAACCUGUGAAUGUGCCCCCAUCCGACUGGUCCUUUGUGGUGAGGGUGGGAGCGGAGUAGAGUCUUUCCUCACCUCCAUCAGAUGGUCAAGCACCACCGAGCAGUGUGUAAUUCCACCAGAUUGUACGUUACGGUUGCAAAAACUCGAGGUGUAUGCCUCCGUUAUCACCGUAUUAGGAACGCUGGAAGUAGAUAGUUGUAUUGUCACCGGAAGCAUUGUGGUGGAAGGGCAGGGUCAAGUGAUUUUCUCUCGUUCAAAGUUGUUCGUCGAUGUGCCGGAUGGCUACCGCGAGGGAAUUCUAGUAUUGGAUGAAUCGAAGUUGGAUCUGCGCGAUGGGACCGUGAUGAAGCGCUAUGCUCCCCCUUCCGCUGAUUGCCAGGACACUGGUUUUACGGGAGUGGCCUCCCUGAACGUUUUGCAUUCUUUUAUUCAUGUUUCAAAUAGCGCACGGUUGUGUGCCCGUGGCGGAUGCAGUAUUGCACCGUCCGAGUGUGAGCGGGUUAUUCUUGCUGAGCAGGAUGCUUCUGUGGAUAUCUCUGAUUGUGACAUCAUGGCUGGCUACAUCAAUGCCGUGAGCGUUGCUGGAUGCCGGGCUUUUUUCGCUGGCACUCGGUUUUAUGGCGGGGAUCAAGUCGUUUUUGAGGCAUCCGACGGUAACCGUCCCACGGGCCUCAGUGUAGAGCUGGGUGGAUUGGUUACCGCCCGUCACUGCCUCGCUGAGUACGUUUAUUUUGGUUUUUCAGUGAUAUCACACUCGGUGGCACACUUCUACAGUUGCCACGCUGAGCACGUCGUUAACGGAUACACAGUUGAAGCCUCACGUGCAACAUUUGACAGCAGCUCUGCCUUCACAAAUCAUGUGGGCAUAUUUGCUUUGAACGGUGCCAAGUGCACAAUCAACAACGACGCAGGACCCCCAGAGCUAUUUGAGAAACGCUGCCGCACGCUACUGGCGCUACGUGGUCGUGAAAACGGCUGGUACCGACUGCCUCUAAUGAAUACCUGUGGAUCUGGGGGGGAUAACGAGAGCAAUGCAGUUUUUACUGUGGAGGGAGGUGAGCUGCGGUACGACAUGGGUCGCGGCUGGCGCGGCGUACACAAGUCUGCCCUGCCGUUGGCUGUGGAUGAAGUUGAGCAAGAAAAUGAUUAUGUCUCCUCUAUUAGAAGAGCUUUUUCGAAAAAGCGGAGGGGAAGUGGCACCACCAAAAGUAAAGCGAAUAAAGCAAACAAUAGCAAUGACUGUGAAGGUGUAGCAACGGAAGCGAACACGGAGACCUUACUGCCGCUGUCGUUCGUAGGAGGUGCAUUUGGGCUAGAGGUACGCGAGGCAACUGUCGUGGCCAGGGGUUUGAUACUGAAGGACACCGGGAUAACAUCCAUAUUUGCCUACGAUAAAAGUUCUAUCGAGUUAACCGACGUGAUCGUCAUGUCGACACUUCCGGCAUCGCGUAAAACGUGCGCGGUUAGAAUUGUGAACAGUAGUGCAACAUUGAGUCGCUGCUUAGUUACUGAUCACUCUCUUGGGUUUACUGCCUCCCAAGGAUCUGUUGUUCUUUGCAGGGAAUGCGUGGGGGUGUGCCGAUCCAACAGUUUUGUGUUUGAUGGUGCGGAGUGCAGGUUAUAUUCCUGUGGGGCAUACGCAGAGCAGGUUGGGGUGCUCGCCUUUAAUCAGUCUAAGCUUAGCAUAGACAACUCGGACGCACCACACUGUAUAUUGGGUGGCAUCCCCUGCAUUUUUCAGUGCCGCAUUCGCGGAUUGGAUAGCCGGUCGAGUCACGUUCGAUGCGUUGGCGUUACCGUCCGUGGAAGUCUUGAGAGCGGUUUUACUUCUCACAACGGUGGCUAUUUAUGCCUCAAAAAGUGUAUGGUGGACAUGAGCGAUGACCCGUUCCAUGGCUGUACAGCUUCCGUAGCGCCGCCCGAUUUACCAGGCGAGCCCCAAUCGACUGAAUCGCCGGUGUACGCGCCCGUCAUCACUUGCAGUUCCGUAAGUGUCGACGGAGGGUGCGGCGUUUGCAGGGAUUUGGAUGAGACCGCCACGACUUCCCCCACGUGCUUAUGCGGUGGAACGUGGAGUUUAGGUGUAAAGGCGUGGGCAGGUAGCCAUUGUGAGUUAACUGCGUGCGAAGUUCGUCACGUAACUUUUGGUUACGCCGCGCUUGACGCGGAUACGGAGAUGGAGGCCUGGCAAUGUGUAGCGUCCGACGUUGCCAACGGUUACCUGGUGGAUAGUGCGAAAUGUUGUCUUAAUCACUGUACUACUGAGUGUAACCAUGUUGGUGUGCUUGUGCUCAAUCAGGGAACGUGCAUUGUUCAUCACGGAAGUUACAGGGCGCGGGUGUGCGGUAUUGAGAACAGAAACGGCAUUGUGCAGGUUGAGGGCAAUGUGAAGAUUAGCGGAUUCUCGCGCUCAGGUGUCCACGUAAACUGCGGUGCAAGAUUUGACGCGACGGUGGAUAGCCUCUUAGAGGUCAGCGUAUCCGGAGACUUUGGAGCAUGUCGGCUGUCAGGCCCUUUGGGACCCGCAACCACUUGCUCUAGUCUUUGCGGUCAACCCCCAUCUUGUUUUGUGAUGGACAAAGGGACGGCUGUUAUUCAUAAUGCAGUGUUUGGCGGCGGCGCGGCGAUUGCGGUGAGGUGUGGUGCCGAAGCUGUCGCGUACCUGUAUCGGUGUAAGGCAGAGUUUUGCAACGUCGCCUUCAACGCUCUAGUUGGGUCGAACGUGUAUCUAUCUGAUUGCUUAGCACAAAAUGUGUGGAAUUACUCGCUGUUAGUUUCCCAUGGCGGAGCUAUCCGCGUGACAGCAUCACAGGUGUUUUCUCGUUUUUCCAGUGUGAAGAAUGUCUUCAGCGUCCUGCAGGGGAAUGUGAGAAUUUUUGGGAAAUGUGUACUCGACAACACCGUUCUUCACCUGGACGGUGAUGCUGCUGCCGCUGCGGAUAUGGCGCCGCAGUCUCUGGAGUUAGAUGGUGUAUUAGAGCAAGUGGGGUGUCCCAUUCGUGUUUAUGAAGGCGGCCAGCUGUCCAUGAACUCGUGUUAUGUAAUAGUGCAGGAAACGCAAGCUGCACAGUUGAAUGUCCUGGAAGAAGACAAAUGUGAUUGUGGGCACAAAUGCCCGGCAGUGCGGGCUGCCAUCUUUGCUAAGGGAUCGAAUGCGUAUGUUCGACUGCGCAAUGUCUUGCUGCAAUGUGUUCCAACACCAUGUCUUGCAAACAAAGCCGGUUUGUCUCGCGGCACUUCAUCUGGCCAUGUCCCCCGUGCCACUGAUUCAUUUAAGCCUGGAGAAAUAGGCCAACUUCACAGCAAGGUGAUUUGGCACACAUUAGUACUGCAUAGCGGGGCCAGGGGUGAGGUGUGCGGGGCUGCUGAUGUAGUUCCCCCAAUGCACAAUAAGAAUAUGACAUUUUUCUUUCACCGAAGCACAUCAGAGGGAGCCACUCACUCCGGGAGGUUACCAUCACGAGAAGAGUCCAGAAGACCUGCGGCUGCUGUGGCGGGUGUGCCGCGUGAUGACGUACGCUACCGCACAUCCGCAGCUGAUAUUGAUAUUGGUCCAAGACAAAAUGGUGGGUGCCCAUUAAAUGAAGAAAGUGACCAGCAAGCACCAAAACCCACGAAGCGGAGUGAUUCAGACACCCCAAUAUUGCCUGUACGCUUGCAUGUUACGGAUGGGUCUUCAUUGGUGUUGGAGAAUGUACGUGUGCGACGGCUUUCGGUGGCAAUGGAUUCAAGGGUUGCUGCCACUCGCUGUGUUUUUGCCGGCUCGGAGGCUGUAUUUGUUGUUAGUGACAGCUCUCUGGAGGCAACUCGAAGUGUAUUUAUAAGUGCUGUUGGGGGCCCUGCCUUACAAGCAGAGUGUGCCAAGGUAUCACUCACGGGAUGUAGCGGCUACUGCAUCUACAAGGAGAUCAUUGUAGCAAGACAUGCCACAGUAACACUGAAGAAUUCUGUGUUGCAUGCAAUAGCCUCUUCCACGGCUGCACAUGGCGGAAUCCAAUCACCCACAACUUCUAUCCCGUGGAGCGACUUGCCAUGGUGUGCUGAUAACCAACCAUGGGAUUAUGGAAAUGAGGGAAAGCACUCGAGGUCCGGGCCAAUACAAGGACUAGAUAUAAGUUCGUUUACCUUAGCAGCUGUCCAAUGUGGCCAUUCCACACAAUUUGGUAGCUGCGGCAGUUGCUAUGAGGCACCGGGGGGAUGCGAGGUGAGUGGAUGUGUGAGGCUGCAAGGCGGCACUAAUCAUGAAGGGGAGUUGCGCAACUUCAGUAGCGGCUUUGCUUCGCCACGUUUGAUGGAAGUAAAGAGUCCAGUGGAACCAAGUCUCAUGAACCAUAAUGCGGGUCAAACUAUCCGCCCCUCGCUGCACGCGUCGGAGCAACCUGCUCUCCAUCAACGAACAAGCGUGAGGCUGGAAGAUUCCCAUUUACGCCUCUGCCUUCGCACACGCAUUGAAGGUGCGGUUGUGGCCGACGCUGCGAGUCAUACGCGUGUCUCGCGACCUCCACAACCAUGGCGUGUAGUAUGCCUCCUGAGAGAUGUGUCGGUGAAUAUCUCCGUUAUUAUAUCGAAUAAACUUGUGAGUGCAGUUAAAUUCCUUCAGUGGCCACUAAAACGUGAGUGA